GCCAAACCGCCCACCUCCACUGCUCCACCCAAGCAGCAGCAGCAGCAGCCCAAGCAAUGGAGCUCCGCGAGCUCGGCGCCACCGGCCUCCGCGUCAGCCCCGUCGGCUUCGGCGCCUCCCCGCUCGGGAACGUCUUCGGCGACAUCCCCCGCGACGUCGCCCGCGCCACCGUCCGCCGCGCACUCGACCUCGGCAUCAACUUCUUUGACACAUCACCGUACUACGGCGGCACGGUGUCGGAGUCGGUGCUGGGGGACUGCCUCCGCUCCGCGGCCGUCCCGCGCGACGCCAUCGUGGUCGCCACCAAGUGCGGCCGCUACAAGGACGGCUUCGACUUCAGCGCCGCCCGCGUCACGCGCAGCGUCGACGAGAGCCUCGCGCGCCUCGGCCUCGACUACGUCGACAUCCUCCACUGCCACGACAUCGAGUUCACCAGCCUAGACCAGAUUGUGAACGAGACGAUCCCCGCGCUGCAGAAGAUAAAGGAGAGCGGGAAGGCGCGGUUCAUCGGGAUCACCGGGCUGCCCCUGAGCAUCUUCUCCUACGUGCUCGACCGGGUCCCUCCUGGCUCCGUGGAUCUGGUCCUCUCCUACUGCCACUACGGAAUCAACGACACCGCGCUGCUGGAUGCGCUGCCUUACUUGAAGAGCAAAGGUGUCGGGGUCAUCACUGCUUCGCCCCUUGCCAUGGGGCUUCUCACCGAUAACGGGCCGCCCGAGUGGCACCCCGCACCGGAACAACUCAAGUUGGCAUGCAGGGCAGCGGCAGAGCACUGUAGAAAGAAGGGGAAACCUAUUACAAAGCUAGCCAUGAAGUAUAGCUUGAUGAACAAUCAAAUUUCCACAGUUCUUGUUGGCAUGAACUCUCCAGAACAGGUGGAGGAGAAUGUUGCUGCUGCAGUGGAGUUAUCGACUUCAGGCAUAGAUGAAGAACUAUUGUGUGAAGUUGAAGAAAUUUUAGAGCCUGUGAAGAACUUGACCUGGCCCAGUGGUAUUCAGCAAGCCUAAUGUCUGAGUCUGGCAUUAGCUCCGCCUGAUGAAAUCCAUUGUGAUGAAUAUAUUUGCUAUUAGUUUAUAGAGCGAAAUGUGUGCAUCUGCAGCCUUGCCUGGUGAUUGAAAUAGUAUUAUGCAGGGCAGCCAAAUGGAAGACCAUCGUUUGGAAUUUGUUGGCAUAUUGUCUCUAGUAAUUUAUAUAUGCCUGGGAACUGACAAUAACAAUAAAAGGUCAAUGAUGACCAUUGAAUAA